AUGCAUCACACGUCCGAAAUUGAUCCCGUUACCAAGAAACCGGUUAUCAUAAUGGAGUAUAAUAAGACAAAGGGUGGGGUUGAUGAAGUUGAUAAAAAAUGUUCAAACUAUUCCUGUAGCCGCCGCACUCGCAGAUGGCCUUUAGCAUUUUCUUUCAGAUUGCUAGACUUGAGCGGAGUGAAUGCCUUUGUGCUUUAUAGGCAGUGUGCUGACAUAUCAGACAUAUCAAGAGGACGAUUCUUACAGGAUCUUGCCCGAGAAUUAGUUUUACCACAUUUACAACGACGAGUCUACAAUGACCGUCUUCCAAGAGAGCUAAGACUGACAAUGGAACGGAUUCUUGGCGAAGAUUUACCGCCAGAACCUAGCCGCAUUGAGUCAGCUGUUGGUGAAAAUGACAAAAAGACUUGUAAGGUGUGUCCAGCAAGGCUGAAGCGACGCACAAGGUACAAAUGCGUUGCAUGUCAUAAGCCUAUAUGCUUAGGCUGUUCCAAAACAAUCUGCAGCGACUGUAUUGACUGA